UAAUUUGAUACCGUAGAUUGUGUGAUGCCAGUCAGAUCACCAAACUCUAUUCGCGCCAGAAGUCUCAUCCGGAACAACUUGGAGAAGUCAAGCAAUAACACUCAGCAGCAGCAGCAACAGCAGCACCUGCAGUCCAGAAUGCCCAACAUCAAGGUCUUCUCCGGUUCAUCCCAUCCGGAUCUGGCGUCGCGCCUAGUGGAUCGCCUCGGAAUCGAUCUCGGGAAGGUGGUCACGAAAAAGUUUAGCAAUCUGGAAACAUGCGUCGAAAUCGGCGAAUCAGUACGUGGCGAAGAUGUGUACAUCGUACAGUCCGGAUCCGGGGAGAUCAACGAUAACCUGAUGGAGCUGUUAAUUAUGAUCAAUGCGUGCAAGAUCGCUUCCGCUUCCCGUGUGACCGCUGUGAUACCCUGCUUCCCUUAUGCUCGCCAGGAUAAGAAGGACAAGAGCCGUGCACCGAUCUCGGCAAAGUUGGUAGCUAAUAUGUUAUCAGUGGCUGGUGCCGAUCAUAUCAUCACGAUGGAUCUACAUGCUUCACAGAUUCAGGGUUUCUUUGAUAUCCCAGUGGAUAAUUUAUAUGCCGAACCGGCAGUGCUCAAGUGGAUCCGGGAGAAUAUCGUAGAGUGGCGAAAUUCCAUCAUUGUGUAGCCGGAUGCCGGCGGUGCUAAGCGUGUGACUUCGAUUGCUGAUCGAUUAAACGUUGAAUUUGCUCUGAUUCACAAAGAGCGCAAGAAGGCAAACGAAGUUGCUUCAAUGGUGCUGGUUGGUGACGUGACAGAUCGGGUAGCUAUCCUAGUGGAUGAUAUGGCCGAUACGUGCGGCACUAUUUGCCAUGCGGCAGAUAAACUGAUGGAAGCCGGUGCCACCAAGGUGUAUGCCAUUCUUACACAUGGAAUAUUCAGCGGGCCAGCUGUUUCGCGGAUAAAUAACGCUUGCUUUGAGGCCGUAGUUGUUACGAAUACUAUCCCUCAGGGUGGACAUAUGAAGGAUUGUCCUAAGAUUCAGUGUAUCGACGUGUCCAUGAUGUUUGCUGAGGCUGUCCGCCGAACUCACAACGGCGAAAGUGUUUCCUAUCUGUUUUCGAACGUUCCCUAUUAAAUGGAACACGUUUGUACCUGGACAACGCUAGGAGGGCAAAAGGGAAUGGAUUUAAGCCACGACUCCUCGUAGACGCCAUUUUUCUAACAUUUAUUUUAUCAUCGUUUAUAUUUUGA